AUGUCAAAAUUAGAGGAUAACACAAAGCGUCGUUCCAACGAAGUGGAAGAACAAAGUGUUACUCCAAGACCUCCCAAGAAGCGUUUUUUAUCCAGAGCAUCUUCGUCCGACGACGAUGCUGACGAUAAUGAGGAUGCUAGCGAUACGUUCAAGGAACCUUUGGAAGCAUUUCGUAAAGAUGCCAUUUCGAGACAAUGGAAAGAUUAUAUAAGAGCUGUUGAAAGACUCAAAACGUACAUUGAUCAAGCCGAGACAAAGAAAGUCGAGAGUCAAGAGCAUCUCAAGCUCUGGGAAGACUCCUUUCAGAAACUCCAAACGUUUCUCUGCAACAUUAUUCAGGAAGGCUUGUCAAGUCUAGGACACUCCACUAAUGCAAUGGACAUUGAUCAAGUUUCGACUAAAGAGCUCUUGCAAGAAAACUGGGCCAAAGAACAUGCACCCAACUUGCUGAAGGCCUUCAACAACAAAGAUUACCACGAAUUGACCGUUUCCAAGCUGAACCAGCUCAUUGAAUCAUGGAUUUCCAAAAGAGACGGUAUCACCACAGGCUUCCAGUCUGUUUUUGAAGGCUCAUUAAAGGAAAUUCAAAAAGACCAUGAGCGUAUUCUAUCAGCCUGGGUCAAAGGACAGCGAUCAUUGCAAGACAUGAAGAAUCGGUUCAAAAUGACCAAUUUUAAAUACUUGGUACUCUCAGAGGAAUUACGAAUCCUGAACGAUCAAUUGGAAUUGACAGAGACUAACUUGCGUGGAGCCCAAGCAGAACUAGAAAAGAUCCAGACACAAUCAGCUGUCAAAAUUGAGGAUACAGCAAUGACAGAAGCGACAAGCUCUAUCUCGAAUCCCACUCACUCAGAAUCAUCCAAUGCAACUACUGCCGUUGCGAGUACGAGUGCUGGUGCUGGUGCAGACGCUACAUCAAGUAGUGCUGCUUCUGCAUUGGCCGCAACACCAGCAUCAUCAAUUAACACUACUCUCGAUGGCGCACCUGUUGCGGUGAAUAGCCAAGGUGUCGCUCAAGAUCCAUUGAUUCAUGCGCAGCAGCUGUUGGAGCAAAGAUUACGAGACAUCAAUAUGAUCAAGGAAGACCGCAUUGGUUUGAAACAACAAAUUGCACGUUUGGAAAUGGAUCUCAUUUGCGUGCCAGAGUCUCGUAUUUACAAAGCCCCCAUCUGUCGACAAUUAUCUCAAUCUCGCGCCUACAACAAGGACAAAUGCAAUCGCUUGUCUGACAUUUGUCACGACCUUCAAAAUGCGCUGGAAGACUUACAAGCCAACCGACGCCGUCUCAUCAAGGAAUUGGAUUCUGAGCAAGCCAAUCACUCUCAAAAGCUGCAAGAGGAAUUACGAAAAUUGGAUGAGGAUUUAACUCGUAUUCGUGGGCAACGUGAUGCAUUGCAAAUGACUUUAGAGGAACGUAAGGCUGCUACAGAAGCUGGACGUGCCUCUAUUGCUGAACUCAAAGUGAUUGCCGAUACAAGAAAGGAGCGGGUCAACUAUUUGGAGACCGAAGUACUUCGAUUGCAAAAGAAAAUGGCUGCUAGAACAGGUGUGAAGGAAUACUAUGAUUUGCUGAUGAACAGUGAUGGUCGUGAACCUUUGUUAUUACCGUUGCAAAACGAGCUCAAGGCAUUAGAGGAGCAAGUCCAAGCAGCAAAAGAUGUGUGUAUCAACCAAGCCAAAAUCCCGCAAGACACUGUGGAAUCCGAACUAGCUCAAAUCUCGAAACUGAAACAAUUAGAAUUAGAUGUUGCCAAGUUUGAGGAAAAGUACGGUUUUCAUCCCUCUGCUGAUGUGGAUGAUGGGCAAAUUCAACAAGUUCUGCAGGACAGAAUUGAUACAGAGAAAGCAAUGAUUGCAAAAUCAGCACUGAAGAUUUCGAAUUUGGAAGCAACUGAAAAGCAGCUACUGGGUGAAAUUGAAAAUGUAGCCAAAGCAUAUGGCGAAUUGGAAGAAGAAAAUAUGACAAGAGUGAAAGCACUUGCGGCUGCAGAAGAUGAGAUUAUCAAAUUACAAACGGAACGAGUCAAAUACAGUCAAACUUUCACUGCACUCAACAAGUCAAAAGAUGCUCAUUCUAUGGUGGCCAAUGCCCUCAACAAACAGAACGAGAAGCAGCUUGCUCACAUCAAACAAUUAAAUGAGCGUGAAAAGAAUCUUAACAAUCAGUUGACUUGCUUGGAGCGUGAACUCAAUGCCAGUAACAAUGUGUUCGAUGUCUAUAAAACAAAGAUUGAUGAGGCCAAGGUGACACUAGACGAGCUGAAAGAAAAGACAUCGUUUUCCAAGAGCAAAAUAUCAGAGUUGCAAAAAUCGAUUCUGGAUAAAGUACGCUUGAUUGAGGAGGGUGUAUAUUCACGACUUCGCUUAGAGGAAAGCUGCGAAUUACUAAAACGCAAGGUUGACUCGACAAAUAAGGUAGAAAGACCUGCUGAAAUGAAAUUAAGAAAAGAAAGAGAAGAAUAUAGAUCUUUGCUAAAUUGCAGUUCAUGUGGAGUUCAAUUGAAAUCUCACAUCAUCUUGAAAUGCAUGCAUACCUUUUGCAAGGAAUGCCUCGAAUCCACCAAAAGAUGUCCUAGCUGUGAUGAACCUUUCAAUCAUCACGAUGUAAAGCAAUUUUACUUUUAA